AUGUCUACCGAGCCAACCGUUCUCAUUAUAGGUGGCGGGCUAGGAGGCCUCACCCUUGGGCAGAUACUGCGCAAAAAGAACAUCCCUUUUCGCAUUUUUGAUCGGGAUGCCAGUCCUGCGGCACGAUCACAAGGAUGGUGUUUAACCUUGCAUUUCAUUUUGAAUGAGCUUAAAUCCGAACUUCCAGAGGACAUAAUUCCACUUCUUGACACGACUUCUCAUCUCCAUAAUUACGGAACUGAUAGUGAUGCGGCAAUAAUCGAAGGUGUCACUGGAGAAGAAGAAUUGCACUUGGGUCCCAAGGAAGGCAGACCCUUUGUCCGAGCGAAUCGAGUGAGGCUUAGGGAAGUGUUGGCCACAAAUUUGAUUGUGGAGUACGAUAAAUAUUUUCAGCAUUAUGAAGAAACAGCGUCCGGCAUAACGGCCCAUUUUGCAGAUGGUACCGUGGCAACAGGCGAUAUUCUUGUCGGCGCUGAUGGUGCUCAUAGUCUUGUACGAAAGCAACUUCUCGGCGCUGAGAAAGCAAAGAAUCACUUGCUUCCAAUCGAAGUCUGCAUGGGAGAAACCACUCUCAACAAAGCACAAUAUGAGCAAAUCUUCAGGGAUAUCGCUAAGUCAUUUUACACAGUCAACGCAUCAGCACUAUUUUUCUCGGGAUUACAUGGCGUCUCUGAUGAUAAAGAGACUGCUCGAUACUACUGGAUGACAUGUCAGCAGAAGAAUGUCGCUGACAAAACUGCUAUUUCGAAGAUUGAGUAUUACCACAGAGCGGUUAAUGCAGUGCGCCACAUGCAGUCUAGAUUUCUAUUGCCCUUGUACAACACAACUCCUGAUGAAAUCGUGAAUCCGCCUAUCUCAUUGGAAGACUUCGUGCCACCCAGUGAGGGCUUACCUAGGGGAAGAGUUACGCUAUUGGGCGAUGCUCUACAUGUUAUGACACCAUUCCGUGGGUCAGGAGGCAACUUGGCUAUGAAAGAUGGGCUAGAUUUGGGAUCCUUCAUUGGUCGCAGCAAUGGUGACAUUCCUGAUACCUUACAGAAAUAUGAAGAUCUAGCAGUCCCAAGGGCAAUAGACAUAGUUCUAGACUCGAGGGAGAGAAUCUUGGCUUGGACUGAUUCCAAGAAUUAG